UUGCGACCAAUGUUCCCUGCUUGAGAUUUUGGGAAGCAUCUGGGGUUGACGUCGCCGUGGCCGUGCUGGGCUUUGCCAACGUUUCUCAUUCCCGGCAUCAUCUUUUCCGGUUGGGGGGUUUGCACCCGGGGUGGAUGCGAUGCAGGAAUUGAACCCGAGGGAUACGGGAAAGCAAGAAGAGCUUUCCUUGGCGUCCUCGUUAGCACCAGGCAUCGCUCCCAGUCACAUCCCAUAGAUCCCCAUCCCCUCCCAGUGACAGACGUUUGUUCCUCUGCCCUGGCCCAGCGCGGUGGCAAGCGAUAAGUAGGUCAAGCACUGUGGUGUGCACGGCACCGCGGAUCCCAUGGCCAGAGGACGCUCUUGGAAGUAACAGAGGAGGAUUUGAGGGGGGGUUCGAGGGGUCCCGCUCCACCCACAGUGGUGACGGAGGCACCACUUUGUGUCCCUGGGGUUUGCAGCUUCCUCAGGUUUGGGGUUUGGAUGUGUUCGGGACCUUCCUGUGGUGUUCCAAGGGCUUGGAGACUCCUGGGUGUUCCUCUUGGAGCCCUUUUUUUCCCAAAAAAGAAGGUUUUUCACCCGUUCCCGCCCUAAAAUGGCAAGGAUCCAUGCAAUUCCAACUGCUGCCCAGCUCUGCCAGCAAACAGCUUCCUGCCUUUUGUUUGGCAGCUGGGUAAAAGUUGAGGUCGGGUUUUGCAUCCUGGGUGCGCCUGGCUUUGGAAGAAACCCCAGGGGUGAUUUUGGCGCUGGAGAGAUCUCAGGGCCUUGGCACGAGCCAGCGAGAAUCAGCACGGGAUUAGGGAUGAAACGGAGAGGGAACGGCAGCCAAUGUCACUGGGAAGAGCCCUUUGGCACUGUGGGCUGUGUGCCAGUGCCUGUGUACCUUGUGGGAGUCACAGGCCACCCACGUCUCCUACGUGGCCACCUCCAUGGCCUACGUGGCCACCUGGGCUGCUCCUGGCACAGAGGACCCACCUGGAAGGGUGGAUUUGGGGAGCAGGGAGGUAAUGGAAGGCGUCCGGCUCUCACCGGGGGAUGCUGAGGAGGCAGAGGUCCCUGGGUACCGUUUCCAUUGCUGUUCAAGCUCUGUUUAGGGAGGAGAAGGGGUUAAGUCAAAGCAUCCAAGCUAAGCCCUGGCAGGAGGAGAUGAAAGCCUCCAAGGCCUGCAGCUCUCCUGGAGAACAAAGCUCCCAAAGUGGUGCAUCCCUGAGGCAGCAUGAUCCCCAGCGCAGGCUACCAGCGCAGCUGCCUUCUCCUCCUGCUCUACAUUCUCCCCUGCCCGUGGGUCCGGGCAGGUCUGGAAGGCACGGGACUGGCGCUGUCGGCAGCCUCCUUCCUGCAGGAUCUCCUCCAGCGGUAUGGCGAGAGUGAAACACUGAGUCUGAAGCAGCUCAAGGCGUUGCUGAACCGCUUGGAUGUGGGAGUGGGACACGCCAACCUCUCCCAGCCACCGCAGCAGCGUGUGAACCUCUCCCGGUGCUUCAGCUCCAUUGAGCUUUUCGCCAUCCACAACCUAAGUGAGAGCUCCUCCGUGGGGCACAGCGAAUUCAAGGAGUUCUGCCCCACCAUCCUGCAGCAGCUGGAAUCCAGGGCAUGCGCCUCUGAGAACCUGGAAAACGAGGAAAAUGAGCAGACAGAGGAGAGCAGACCCAGCUCGGCUGAAGUCUGGGGUUACGGUUUCCUCUGCGUGACCGUCAUCUCCCUCUGCUCGCUGGUGGGAGCCAGCGUGGUGCCCUUCAUGAAGAAGACCUUUUACAAGCGGCUGCUCCUCUACUUCAUAGCUCUGGCGAUUGGAACUCUCUACUCCAACGCCCUCUUCCAGCUCAUUCCUGAGGCCUUUGGAUUCAACCCUCAAGAAGAUUAUUACGUCUCCAAGUCCGCUGUGGUGUUUGGGGGUUUCUACCUCUUCUUCUUCACUGAGAAGGUCCUGAAGAUGCUCCUGAAGCAGAAGGAUCAGCAUCACCACGGGCACAGCCACUAUGGCCCCGAGGCUCUGCCGUCCAAGAAGGACCAGGAGGAGGGAGUCAUCGAGAAGCUCCAGAACGGGGACCUGGACCACAUGAUCCCACACAUAACCAGCGAGAUGGAGUGCAAGAACCCUUCUGGGGAUGAGAAGGUUGUGGUGGGAUCCCUCUCUGUACAGGACCUGCAGGCCUCCCAGAGCGCGUGUUACUGGCUGAAGGAGGUGCGGUAUUCCGACAUUGGCACACUGGCAUGGAUGAUCACCCUGAGCGACGGCCUCCACAACUUCAUCGACGGGCUGGCCAUUGGCGCCUCUUUCACCGUCUCUGUCUUCCAAGGGAUCAGCACCUCUGUGGCCAUCCUAUGCGAGGAAUUCCCGCAUGAGUUGGGGGACUUUGUCAUCCUGCUGAAUGCUGGGAUGACCAUCCGCCAAGCGCUCUUCUUCAACUUCAUCUCCGCCUGCUGCUGCUACGUGGGCUUGGCUUUUGGAAUCGUGGCCGGGAGCCACUUCUCUGCCAACUGGAUCUUCGCUCUGGCUGGAGGGAUGUUCCUGUACAUCGCGCUGGCUGAUAUGUUUCCUGAAAUGAAUGAGGUCAGCCGGGAGGAUGAGCAGAAUGGCAGUGCGCUCAUCACCUUUGCCAUCCAGAACGCGGGGCUGCUGACGGGCUUCACCAUCAUGGUGCUGCUCACCAUGUACUCUGGCCAGAUCCAGAUCGGGUAGGACCCGCCCGACACACAGCCCUGCUCCAGUUUUUCUCUUUUGUUUUUUUGGGGGAAGGGGUAUUUCUUUGUUUUUUCUUUCCUUUUUCUGCUGCAAGCAUACGACGGUACCCGUGCAGGCACUGCCAUCACACUACAGAAGAGGCGUUGCUUUUAAAGCUAUUCCAGACUUCAUUCUAUUUGGGUUUAAGGCUGAGGGGAGCUUCAUCCCCUUUGCUGUUGGACCGAACUGACUGGAGGGUCUCUUUCCAGUGUCAUAUCCCUUCUCUCCUCGCACCUCUUGGGGAGGAUGGAGUUGAGAGACAGGAGCUCGUCUAGCCGUGGCACUCCCUUCCUUGUGCUCAGAGCGGUGUGAUGGGAUUUGCUGCUCUCCUGACCCCUUUGCGAGUUGUGUGAUGGGAACAGACUGGGACAGACCCAUCUCAGAGAGCUACGCACCUCCUAGAGGGCUGCGAGGAAGAGGAGGCUCAAGGAGCACAGCUCACAGUUUGAGCAUCAUCCUUGCUGUCUCUGGAGCCAUGUCUGGUUUUGCUCCUGUUCUCUCCGGGUCCAGAUGACACCCUUGGCAAGAGCAAGGCAAAGAGGAUUUCUUUAAAGCACAUCUGGGUGUCAGUGGUCGGAGCAAAGGACACUAAACCGCACCUCUUGCGGAUUGAACUGACACAUGGGCUGGGAGGAGGCGAGCAGGAUGCCCUUACCUUCUUUAGAUCCCUGCUGCUGUGUGGAGGGAGUGGGGAAAAAACCUCCUCCUUCUGUGAGAGCAGCCAUGUGGCGAUGCUGCUGAAAAGAGCGCAAAUUGAGAGCUGGGAUGGCAAGUCCUUUCCCGGCCAUAGGCUCCCCAGACUGCGACCAAGCUCACGCCUGGGAACGGACACCUGGGAACAGACACCGAUUCUUAAACACUGAUGCUGCUGAGGGUUGGGGUGGGGUGGGAGGGAGCCAUUUUUAACAAAAUAGACUGUGAACCUCUUGAGGUUGCAUGUUUCCAGCCUUAAGGAAUAGUCAGAGAAGCGUGUUCCAGGCACUUUGCAGCUCUUCGUCUGGGCUGGCUUUCCCCAGAUUCACUAGGUGAAUUGACUUAUUAUCAUAUUGAUAAUGUUGCCCACCCCACCCAUGCUCUUUGAGGUUCCCUUGCACCUCCUUUUACCCCCAGACCUGAUCCUGCACCCAUGGGUUUGUGGCCACAGUGGUAAGCAGGAGCUGAUUUAGGCAGCUUACCCUAGUGGGGAUGGAGAUGAAGGAGUGGUGUGGAUGGCUUUUGGUGGACGUGCUGGGGGGUGGCUUGUCCCUAAAUGUCUUCCUUCGCUCCCUGGAAGUGGCUGUGAGGUGUGCUUUGGGAUGAUGGCCAUCCUGACACUUCGGCUCUGUGCUGCUCAGCACUGGGUUUGGAGCUGAGGCUCCCCACACCUUCCACCCUUGGUGGAAAGGUACUUUUCCUGCCCAUCCCAGGAGAGACAAGGGACCUCAAACCUUGGCAAAGCCUGGGGUAGGUUCAGCACCAUCCGGUAGCAUCGUACCCUGGUUUGAUCACUGUCUGUACCUCACCAUAGUUCCUACUUUGCCUUAGGUACCAGGUGGAUGAUGUUCCUUUUAGGCUCCUACCAGUUGUCCCUGAGUCCCUAGGUCUCUGUCUGUUGAGAUGUGGCACUGCUGGGAUUCUCAUGGAUCAGCACCUCUGCUCUCGGUGGCUUUGGCCAGGCCAGGCAUCGACUUUGUCCCCGUGGCACCCAUGAGGCUGUUGGCUUUGUCCCACAUCCAGAAGGUUAAAUAUCAAUAUGUGGAGGAACAGGGAGAGCCUUCCUGGGAGCAACCCACAAAUGCUAUGCGGCUACUUGCUGGUGAUGCCUUCAAGGAGACAUGGGCUCGGCUUUAUCUCGUGGGACAGAGCUGCCUCGAAGCAGCGUGGUCUGUCCUGGCUCAGGCACUGUGGCGCCUUGCAAUCAUCACCUUCUGCAGGUUGCUGCUGGUUUUUAGUAGUCGGGAGGAAAAUGGCAUUGGAAGAUCCCUCUCCCUGCAGCUCACUGAUGUGAUGUGGAAAAGCUGAGUCCUCCAAAGGGCAAAUGUGCCCUUGCAAGGAAGUUGUUUGGAAAACAGUGGUAUUGCUGGCAGCUUUCCACAGGGCAGAGGGCAGCCAGAGCACUGCCAGGGUGACUCGUGGCUGGCAGGAGCGGCUCAAAAAAGCCUCCAUGUUGGAGGCGACGCGGGGGAAAUCUUGGAGUCUGUUUGCUGAGGACCAUGCCUGGGAGGUCCCCCACGUCCCCAAGAGCUGGAAGCACGGAAAGGACUGAUGUUUGGCUUCUUUGGAGCCAGUCCAGGCUCCUCAGAACAUGGUGGGGGAUGAGUUUGUUAUCUUCUUAUUUCAAGUUUAACCCUGUUUCUUGCCAACUGAGUCAACUUUGAGAUAUCUGAAAUCAGAGAUUUGGGGGAGGGGAGAGAAACAAGGCUCCUCGCAGAGAGGAACCCUCCGUUAGUGUCUCCAGAGGGAAAGAUCUCCCUCCAGCCCUAGCUCAGGCAGGCUGGCAUCUGCUGUUGUGACAGAAACGAGGAGGGAAAGCGCCCCAAAUCAAGCUUGUGAUGGGUUUUUCAUCCAUGUUUCCCUUCCUGUGUCUGGUUUGAAGCUCAAGUUCCAUCUCAGUAUUUCAAUAACUCAGGUGUUGUUAGAGAUACACGUUGAAACAAAGAACAUAACUUAUGUCACGUGAAGUGUAAAGUUAUUUGUAAAAUUCCAUAAAUAAAAUAUAUUCUGUAAUGACGGGAGGGGGUCCAGCAGCAGAAUCCUCCCUGUGGCUGGGGCUGCUUGGGGUGUGAAGGGAUGGGAGCUUCCCUGGUUCAAGAUUUCUCCAAGGGGAAGGGUUUAAGCCAGGCUGGAAGCGCUGGGUGAUGCAAUCCUGCUUUUCCAGCCCUGAUUUCCAGCACUGUGCAGUGCGGCACAGCUGAC